AUGUCGCUCUCGAACCGAAGGAACGCCCGCGGCUCUUCCUCGCAGGGGCAGCACAAUCCCUCGAGGCAGAACCAGUACUCGUCUUCGGACCAGCAAAGCACACGAUACAAGGCCGGACCGAACCGGUCGUCCAAGUCGAGCAGCAAGCUCAAGAUCCUGCCCGAGGAACCCGAGGAGAGCACCAGCGGUGGGGGUACUCCCGUCCUUCCCUCUUCGCCCUUGUACCAGUCCGGAUCGAGUACGAUGGGCAGUGGGCAUUCACCCGCUCUCAGCCCGGGGAUCCUGCGGUCAGACGGCAGCCGGAGGCGCUACUACGAGGACGGCGCUCUCCAGGCCGUCGAUGAUGCCGCCGCCGCACCCUCGAACCACUCGCACGAAGACAGCUCGUCUUCCGACGUCGAGGAAGGAGAGGAAGAGGAGCAGGUCGAGGUGUACAAGCAGCUCGCCCAGAUCCCCGAAGGCAGCAUGCGCAGGGAUGCGAGGCGCCUCACGAAACGGGCCCGCGCCAAUCUACCCCGCGUCACCGCCUACAGCACGGCAACGUCGUAUCGCAUGCGCGAGCUGACAAAGUGGCUGCAAGCGCGGCGGUCCAGCCACGGGACCAGCGUCAUGCAGUUCGACGAGUGCCUCUACACAACCUACACUUACAAGUAUGUCGACGAAGCGCGCGGAUUCAUGCCGGCCCUUUCCGGCGGCAAGGACCGGCACCACCACCACCAUCACCAUCAUCGCAACAGCCGCCACGAAUCGCUGCCGCCGCCGGCCUACAACGGCGCCCGCGGGCACGCCGCGACCGAAGGCGGCGCCACUGGCAGCGCCGCAGGGAAAGUCGGCGACCUCCUUGGCGUGCCGGAGCUGCGGUCCGAGCAGCACGACGGUCAGGCUGCACAUGACGGCAACGCCGACGGCGACCGGACGCUCAACUCGGACGAGGAGCGAGCGGCACGCAGGGAGGAGGCGCGCGCACGGAGGCGAUCGCGCUUCGCCGUCGAGGGCAUGACGCCCGAGCUCUUCAUCAUGGACUACGGCGCUAUCGUCAUCUGGGGCAUGACGCUUGCCGAGGAGAAGCGCUUCCUCCGCGAGCUUCGCAAGUUCGAGGUCGAGCGGCUCGCCUCCGAGGACGUCGAGAGCGAGGACCUGCACUGGUACCUGGCAGACUACAGUCGAAUCUACAAUGACGUGAUCACGCUGCGCCGCGGCAGCUCGUACAUGACCAAGCUCAGCUUGUCGCAUGCGUUGGCGCAGUCGACCAAGAUCAGCUUCUUUGAGGGCAUCAUCGACAAUACGAUCGAAUCGACCAAGGACAUCCCGCAGAGCAUCGCCGAGAGCGGCAAGAUUGGCAUGCCGCCGGCCGAGAUCAUGAAGCAGAUCGGACACCUCUUCAUCCUGCGCAUGAACAUCCACCUGGUGGGAUCCAUUGUCGACUCGCCAGAGAUCUUCUGGACGCAGCCGGACCUCGAGCCUCUCUACUCGGCCGCGCGGUCGUACCUCGAGAUCCCGCAGCGCAUCGACUUGCUCAACACGCGCGUCGAGGUGCUCCAGGACAUGCUCCAGCUGCUCAAGGACCAGGUGACGAGCUCGCACUCCGAGUACCUCGAGAUUGUCGUCAUCCUCCUCAUCAUGCUCGAGAUCGUUCUGGGCGUAGCCACCAUGCUCGUCGACCUCUAUUUUGGCUGA